AGGUAAAGACUUUGAAUUUUCAGCGAAUGCAUAUUGUCUUGACUGGAUUAUUCACGUUCUCUCGAACUUCGGAAAUUUCGUGGUAUGAAACAACCGAAAACAAAUCUGGUGUCUACUAUAUUAGCACCUUUGCUCACUGAGAAGGAAAAAGAGCUUGCAAAGUCUGUAAAUCUGAAAGAGUUGGUCUACUUUGGGUAUUUUGCAAUCAUGCUCCGCCAAGCGCUCUCUUUCUUUUUCUGCAUUAUCACCAAUAUGCUUUUGCUUUGGUUUCCCCACUGCACUUCCCUCUCGCCCGAAGGCUUAAUUUUGCUUAAACUCAGAAAGGGAGAUUGGAGGGACACCAGUAAUGCUUUGAGCAACUGGGAUGAGUCUCACCAAACUCCAUGCGCUUGGAAAGGAAUCUCUUGUGAUACAUUCAAUACCGUUACUGGUGUUGACAUCACCGGUGCGCUGGUUUCUGGCAACUUGACUUCUGAUAUAUGCACCCUACCCAAUCUCACAGUGUUGACUCUCCAAGCCAAUGCUUUCAGCGGUCCCUUCCCGCAUGCCCUCCUGCUUUGCAAGCGCUUGCGAAAGCUCGAUUUGUCGAGCAACCAGUUUGCUGGAAGCCUUCCCAGUCAUAUCUUCCAAUUGAGUGAGUUGAGAGUCCUGAAUUUAUCAUAUAAUGCUUUCAGUGGCUCCAUUCCUCCAGCCUUCGGAAUGCUGCCAAAGAUGGAAGCUCUCUUCUUCAACGAAAAUAGAUUGAGUGGGUCAUUCCCUAAGUUUGUCGGGAAUUUGAAGUCUCUGAAGAAUUUCAAGAUUGGCAGUAAUCCUCUGCGUCCUGGUGUGAUACCGAGAGAGCUUGGCAAUUUAAGGCAGCUGCAGCAGUUGUGGCUAAAUAAUUGCAGUCUUCAAGGAGAGAUCCCGACUUUCCUGAGCAAUUUAACGAAGCUGGAGGAACUGGACAUUUCCGGGAAUCAUCUCUCGGGCAUUAUCCCAACAUUCCUGGGCAAUUUAACACAGCUGAAGUCGUUGGAUUUGUGGCAGAAUAAUCUCUGGGGCGAUAUCCCGACUUCGUUGGGCAAUUUAACGCUGCUGGAGGGGUUGGAUUUGUCGCAGAAUCUUCUCUGGGGCCAUAUUCCGACCAGUUUAAUGGCGCUCUCAAAUUUGACGCUACUGUAUCUGUAUGCGAACAACUUGUCUGGACGAAUUCCGGCGGACAUUGAUCGAAUGGCAAGUUUAUCCGAUUUGGAUCUUUGCAACAAUCCGCUUUACGGCACAAUUCCUCGUACAAUUGCCAAUCUCACAUAUCUGAGUGAUCUUCGUCUGUGUGUCACUCAGCUUGCCGGGAAGAUACCUGCAGAGCUCGGGAAGUUACGAUACUUGAGUGUGUUGAUGCUGUACAACAACAAGCUCAAUGGCUGGUUACCCCAGAAUUUGGGUACAUACGCCAAUCUGAUACAAGUUGAUCUGACUGAAAGCGGAUUGGAGGGCCCUCUGCCAAAGAAUCUAUGCAGGGGAGGAGUGUUGAAUAUCUUCGUAACUUCUGCAAGCAAUUUCACUGGUUCCCUGCCUUCGUCCUUUGAAGACUGCAGUUCUCUAGAGAAUGUGUACAUCGACAACAACCGGCUGAGUGGUGUGAUUCCUCCGGGACUGUGGGGUGCUGUCAAUCUCAAGGGAUUCUUUCUAUACAACAAUAAGUUUGAAGGCAAGAUUUCACCUUCUAUUGGCCAGGCGAAACACCUGACACGAUUGAAGAUAAGCAACAACCGGUUCGAAGGAAGAAUCCCUACACAAGUUGGAGAACUGAAAAAUCUUCUAGCAUUUGAAGCCAGCAACAACCGGUUAUCAGGACCCAUUCCCAACGAGCUCGGGAGCUUAAUUAUGGUAAAUACUCUUCAUCUCGACCAUAAUUUUCUGUCCGAUGAAAUUCCCAAGGAAAUAAUGUCACUAAGGAAGCUCAAUCAGCUCAAUUUGGGUCACAAUCGACUUACAGGCCAAAUCCCUGCUAUGUUUUUCUCCGAGAUGAAUAAUCUUGAUUUGUCAAACAAUUUGCUUUCUGGAGGGGUUCCUCCAGAGUUGGGACUAUUGAUAAUAAAUGUUUUCAAUGUUUCCAACAAUCACUUGUCUGGACGCAUUCCCGACAAUUUAGACAAUCCGGCUUACAAGGAGAGCUUUCUGGGCAACCCGAGGCUAUGCGGAGGUCGGAAUUUGAUGCUACCUUCGUGUUCGUCUGCACAUAAGUUGCCACCUCAGAGUUUCGCUACAAUUCUGUUGCUACCAUUACUUAUAGUAUCCGUGACUCUGGUUUGCAUUUAUCUGCAUUGCUCGUCUCAGAGGAAACGAAGUAACGCGCCAUCGUGGAAGAUGACACCGUUCCAUUCGACAGAAGUCGACGAGACAUACAUCCUGCGCAAUUUGAAGGAGAGUAACGUGAUUGGAUCAGGAGGUGCUGGAAAAGUUUACAAGGUCAUUCUGCAGAACGGACAAGCAGUAGCCGUAAAGAAGAUCUGGAAAAUGAGCAGCUCAGGAGGAAUUUUUAAAAGACAGGGUGAGGAGGAAGGAAAUAAAAUGGGAGAAGUUGAGGUUGAUACUCUGGGACUCAUCCGGCACACCAACAUCUUGAAGCUUCUCUGCUGCAUUUCAAGCGAAGAGUCCGAUUUCAAGAUGUUGGUAUACGAAUUCAUGCCCAACGGCAGCUUGUUCGAACGUUUGCACUGUGGGCAAGGACCGGAAGUGGCGCUGCAAUGGCGGAACCGUUAUGAGAUUGCUCUUGGCGCAGCUCGUGGGCUGAGUUAUAUGCAUCACGAUUGCUCCCCUCCAAUAUUGCACAGGGAUGUGAAAUCUAGCAACAUCUUGCUGGACGGAGAUUUUGGGGCUAAAAUUGCAGAUUUUGGCGUAUCCAGAGUGAUUGAUUGUUUGGGCGAAGACUAUACGAUAUCUAGCUACGUAGGGUCGCACGGAUAUAUUGCCCCAGAAUAUGCGGAUAGGCUAAAGGUGAACGAGAAGAGCGAUGUAUACAGCUUCGGAGUGGUAAUGUUAGAGCUGGUGAGUGGGAUGAAAGCUACGGGUGAGGCGGAGUAUGGAGAAGGCGUCGACAUCGUGGAUUGGAUACGCAACAGAAUUUUGAUGGGCGGGGAAGAGAUCGCAGUCCUGGACGAGCGCACGGUGGAAGAUAAUUGCAUAGAACAAAUGAGGCGUGUCUUACACUUGGGAUUGGUUUGCACUAACCGAGUCCCAAACCAGCGGCCUUCAAUGAAAAAAGUGUUGGAGGUGUUACUAACAUGGGGUGGGGAAAAUCGCAAGGAGACUAUUGUGCAUCUAGAAAGGAUUUCAAUAACCCACCGUGAGAACGACAACGAAAUGGUUUACUUUUCAGAUGAACCGAGCUAGAAAAUUGGGUUGUGGUUUUCCACGCUUAGUACAUAGAUCGCAGCUUCAAUCCAACAAUAGCUUGGAUUUUGUCAGUAAACGAGAAAAACCUGUUAGAGAAAAGUAAAUCAUGCGUGUUUAAUAGGCUUGCAAUAUAAAAAUAUUGUAAGAAUGCUUUAGUAUUUCCUACGCAAUCUUAGGAUAAUUUCAGAAGUAUCUAUUAAUUUUAGUAAGUUGUAAUGUUGGUUUAGCUUGUAGAAUUAUGAUUGUAAUUUCUCUAGUCUUCUGUAAUCAGAUAUUAGGUAAUGUUUUCUUAUUAGAAAGAUGUUUAUAUAAUCAAGUCAUCAUAUCAUCAAGAGAUGGCACCAUUUUUACAUUUUUACAU